GGGAGGGGCCUAAGGGCCUGGCGGACCUUUCUGGAACGAGCAUGUGAUUAGGAAAGAGAAAACGGGGGGAUUAGGAGAGAGGUAUAUAAAUCAAGUCUGGGCCGUUCAUCCCUAUUCUGCUCACUUACUAAACUCAACGGACUGGCUUUUAGGAGAGACAGAAGCUAUCCAGAUCCUCUGUGACCCUCUCAGCUUAAUCCAGCAGAGAUGAGCGCCGCCCCCCCAGCAGGAAGUGCCCUGGCAGCAGGCAGUGCCACCACUGGCCCCACCACGCCCAAGAAGGGGCCCCCCAAGUUCAAGCAGAGGCAGACCCGUACCUUCAAGAGCAAGGCCCCCAAGCCUGGACAGAAAGGGUUCGGUGACGACAUCCCCGGCAUGGAGGGUCUCGGCACGGACAUCACCGUGGUCUGCCCCUGGGAGGCCUUCGGAGACAUGGAGCUCGGCGACCUGGCCAAAUACGGCAUCAUCUAAGCCUCCUGCCUUCCCUCCAUCCCUCCUUCCUGCCUCCCUUCAACCCUUUCCUCUUUCUCUCCCUGACUUGACGUCUCCGCUCUCAUCCCCCUCCUCGUACUCCGGCUUUGACUGAGCGCCAUCUGG